AUUUUUUUAAUGUUCGAACCAAAUUUAAUAGAAAAAGAACUUAAAUGUUCUAAUAAAAAUCAUACAGCACCUGUAGAAAUGGUUAUUUGGGAUCCUUAGUUAAGUAAAGACUAAAGGUUAAUUUGCAAAGUCUGUUAAUCAGAAUAAUUUGGGGCAAAAAUAUUAAUGCCUAUAAAAGAAGCUAUGGAUAGAGCACAUGCAAAAUAAAAGAGUAUGAUAGAGAAAAUUACUCCUGCUAUUUAGGAAAAUGAAAAAUAUAUAAAAUCUUUGGAGAGUGAAAUAAAUAAAUUAAAAGAUAAUGCAUUUUAAGCUUUGGAAAGUAUAACAAAGAAUGCAAAAACAUGGUUAGAAUAAUUAUAAAAAGUUAAAAAAUCUACUACUGAAAAUUAUAGUUUCAUUGAGGAGUUGGAUAAAAUGAUUACUGGAAAUGCUUCUGAAGAGUAAGUAUAAAUUAUUGAAAGGAUUCAUAUAAUAAACAAUGCUUUCUUCUAAAAAAUUGAUAUUUAAUUAAAUAAUUUUUUCCUUUUUAAAGAAUAUUCAGAUUGCUAAAAAUCAUUGGUCAAUGUAAUUUAAAUUAAUUUGAGUGAUUUUACAUAAUCUAACAAUAGAAUCUCUUCUAGUAAUGUAAUUAAUAAUAUAUAAUAAUUAGGAAUAUAAAGCAUUAUGUUAAUAGCAUAAAGAAAAAAUAACUUUUGUAAAUUUGGCACCGAACAUCAAUAAAGAUCAAAGAGCAGCUUGUAAAUAAUGUAAGAGAAGAGAUGGAGAAUAUUUUGAAGAUUUUAUUGAUUAAUGGAAAUAAUUUGAUUCAAAACAAAAGGAGGUUAUCUAAAAUUCAUAAAAUAACUUAUAAAAAAUAAUUGAAGAAAAAUUAUAGUUCUUAAAUAAAAUGAGAUUAGAUUCUGUUAAUUAAUUUUCAAAAUAAAUAAAUUAAUUAUGGAUCAUUAUGUUAAAAGGAUUGAAAAAACAAUUUGAAACUGUGAAUAGUCUUGCUAAUUUAUAUAAUGAAGGCUAAAUAAAUGAGAUGGCUGAAAGAUUAAUCAGUCAAAAUGAAAUAAAAAGUGAUGAUUUACAACAACAAGUUAUAGAUUCAAUGUAAAAUUUAAUAUCUCAAAUAUCAAAUAACUUUUCGAAUUUAUAACCUGAUUAAGAUAAAAAAUUGAAACCUAAUUAAGGCUAAAAAUAAUAACCUGAUUAAUGUCUAGAGUUAAAGAAAGUUUUAAAAAAAACUAUAGAAUAAGACGCUUUAAGUAUAGGUAUGGCUAUAAAUUAAGAUGGAUCAAAAAUUAUUACUUGCAGUGAAUAAAAUUUAAUUUUAUGGAAUAUGAAUUAAACAGAAAUAAAAUAGAUAGCCACUUUAAAGGGUCAUAAUGAUUAUAUUAAUUGUGUAGUCUUUAACAAAGACAGUAAUUGUAUCAUUUCUGGAUGUGAAGACUCAUCUAUUAGAUUAUGGAAGGAAUAGAAUUAAAAUUAAUGGGAAAGCAUCUAAGCAGAUUAAAAACAUAAUUAAAGAAUUUCUUGUUUAAUUUUAAAUUCAAAAGAAGAUAAACUAUUUUCUGGUAGCAGUGAUUCAAAAAUAUGUGUCUGGAAUAUUGAUAUUUCAUAAAAAUAAAUCAAAUUCUAAUAAAUAUUACAAAAACAUAAUUCGGAUGUUUAUAGUUUAAGCUUAAAUUAACAAAAUACAUUUUUAAUAUCUUGUAGUUAGAAUUAGAAAAUUGUUAUUUGGGAAUAUUAGAAUGAUUAAUGGAAAUUCAAAUAAUUUGUUGAAAAUUAAAUCAAAGGUACAGGUUACAGAUUAUCCUUUUUGAAUGAAAAUACGUUUAUUUGGGUAAGUGCAAAAGCAGGUUAAGGAAACAUUUGCGUUUUUUCACUAGAAAACUAAACUUUUGUUGAAUAAAAAGAGAAAAAAUUAUCAUUAGCUAAUUCUACUAAUAUCACAGAUUGUAUGUAUUUUCCUAUUGUUUACAAUUAAAGGAAUAACACUGCAUAUGUUAAACAUAAAAAACAUUUAUAUAUAAUCAAAACGGAAACCUAAUCUUAAAAUUGGACUAUAAAUGCCAUUGAAUUAGAUAAUGCUGAAAACCUUUUUGGAGCCAUAUCAGCUAAUGGGAAGAUAAUUGUAACAUACAAUUAAAAUUUAAAAAGACUUCAAUUUAUUGAGCUUGUAAUGGAAUGA